CGCCGGGCGCUGUCCGGGGCGGAGCCUGGGGCGGAGCUCCCCGGGCCGGGCGCGCAGGGCAGGGGCGGGUCUGCGCCGCCGCGAUCCACGCCGCCCCGCCUUCGGCCCGCUGCUCGCUGCGCUCUGGUCCUCCGCGCUGCAGCCCCCGCCGUAGCUGCCGCCGCUCCCGCCGCCACUGCCUCCGAGGAAGUGGUGCCUGUUAGGUGCACAUUAAGUUGUGGAAUUAGUGAAUGGGACUGCAGGCCCAGACCACAAGCUCUCGAUCCUGAAUAUCCUUUUGAAGACACAGACAUCUCACUUGCUUCCGGAAGAUAGCCUGGCUUAGCACAGUCACAGAUACUUAAAGACCUCUACUGAAGAUGGCUGUGCCUCCCACAUAUGCUGAUCUUGGCAAAUCCGCCAGGGAUGUCUUCACCAAAGGCUACGGAUUUGGCUUAAUAAAACUUGAUUUGAAGACAAAGUCUGAGAAUGGUCUGGAAUUCACCAGCUCAGGCUCAGCCAACACGGAGACCACCAAAGUGAAUGGCAGCCUGGAAACCAAGUACCGGUGGACUGAGUAUGGCCUGACGUUUACGGAGAAGUGGAACACGGACAACACGCUAGGCACAGAGAUCACCGUGGAAGACCAGCUUGCGCGUGGACUGAAGCUGACCUUUGACUCAUCCUUCUCACCUAACACUGGGAAAAAAAAUGCUAAAAUCAAGACAGGGUACAAGAGGGAGCACAUCAACUUGGGCUGUGAUGUGGACUUUGACAUCGCUGGGCCCUCGAUCCGGGGUGCUCUGGUGCUGGGCUAUGAGGGCUGGCUUGCUGGCUACCAGAUGAAUUUUGAGACCUCGAAGUCACGGGUGACCCAGAGCAACUUUGCAGUUGGUUACAAGACUGACGAAUUCCAGCUUCAUACCAACGUGAAUGAUGGGACAGAGUUUGGUGGCUCCAUUUACCAGAAGGUGAACAAGAAGUUGGAGACCGCUGUCAAUCUUGCCUGGACAGCAGGAAACAGUAACACUCGCUUUGGAAUAGCAGCCAAGUAUCAGAUCGACCCGGAUGCCUGCUUUUCGGCCAAAGUGAACAACUCCAGCCUGAUCGGCUUAGGGUACACUCAGACCCUCAAGCCAGGUAUCAAACUGACACUGUCAGCUCUACUGGAUGGCAAGAACAUCAAUGCAGGUGGCCACAAGCUUGGUCUAGGCCUGGAGUUUCAAGCAUAAAUGAAUAUUGUACAAUCAUUAAUUUUAAACUAUUUUGCAGCAUAGCUACCUUCAGAAUUUAGUGUACCUUUUAAUGUUGUAUGUUGGGGAUGCAAGAAUUGCUAAAUAUCAUGUUAGAUUCCAGGUUAAAGAUGAUUCAGCUUUAAGAAAGUGUGUUACCAUUUCAGAGGUACAGAAGAAACCAAUUCCAAAAAAGUCCUUUCAGCUGUAGACUUUGGGAGGAGCCCCCUACAGGUGCCAGGUUUCUCUUUUUAAUCUUAGAAAUGGCUACAAGGGGAAGCUGAUGACUGUAGGCCCUUUGUAAACUGUGUGAGUCCGUGGAUGAAAUUGUGACUUCCGAGCAUCAAACCUUGGUUUCCCAACCCUAACCGUGAGAAGCCCACGGCUUGAUAGUGUGCACACACCCAUCUGAAAGGGACUUUACAGAUCUUCAUACCGUUUCCACCCGAGCCCGUUAGCACCUGUUUGACACCAAAAGUAGUCUGCAAGGUGUGGUUGGCUGUUGUGUGCCAUUUUGGGGUGGAGAGGCUGGGUGUGACGGAGGCGAUAAUUCAGGACUUGAUUUCUCUUCGUGUUGUGGUGUUUUACUCCUUUAUUAUUAUUUUUUGCUAUUGCACCAGAGUAUGAAAUAGCUUCUGGGAUCUAUAGCUCUGAGCUGGGCAGAGCCUGCGUGAUUGUGACCACAUGUGACAACACUAGAGAUCUAAAUUGGACUUCUGUUUUAUUCUCACCACUCUUUUUUUUUUUUUUUAAAGCAAUUUAAUGGGUACAUUUUAGUCUUCCAUUUUAUGUGGAAUUAGAUCCUCCCCUUCAAAUGCUGUAAUUAACAUCACCUAAAAUAAAACUUGAAUAAAAUAUUGAAACCUCA